GUUUCCCUGAGUGGAGUGACUGCUCUCUGUUUAUCCUUUGACUCCUCUCUCUGGGAGCAGGACUGCUGAAGAAAGGAGCAACCAUGGCACCUGCCAAGAAGAACAGAGUGUUUGUUAUUGGUGUGGGAAUGACCAAGUUUGACAAACCUGGAGCCAGAGACUACCCAGAUAUGGCCAAAGAAGCAGGUGAAAAAGCUCUAAGAGAUGCAGGGAUCCCGUAUUCAGCUGUUGAGCAAGCCUGUGUGGGCUACGUUUAUGGGGACUCCACAUGUGGUCAGAGAGCUAUCUACCACAGCCUGGGUCUGACAGGAAUCCCCAUCAUCAACGUGAACAACAACUGCUCCACCGGCUCCACCGCUCUCUUCAUGGCUCGCCAGCUGAUUCAGGGAGGUCUUGCUGACUGCGUGCUUGCCCUCGGUUUUGAAAAGAUGGAGAGAGGCUCCUUGACUUCCAAAUUCAUGGAUAGGACCAAUCCAAUGGACAAGCACAUGGAGGUGAUGAUCAACCGUUAUGGGAUGGCAGCAGCACCGGGAGCACCGCAGAUGUUUGGCAACGCCGGCAGGGAGCAUAUGGAAAAAUACGGCACGAAACCAGAACACUUUGCUAAGAUUGCUUGGAAAAACCACAGGCAUUCCACCAAUAACCCAUAUUCCCAGUUCCAGGAUGAGUACAGUUUGGAGCAGGUGAUGAACUCCAGGAAGGUGUUUGACUUUCUCACUCUUCUGCAGUGCUGCCCAACUUCAGAUGGAGCUGGAGCAGCGGUUCUGGCCAGUGAGGCCUUUGUUAGGAAGCACCAUCUUGAAAACCAGGCGGUGGAGAUUGUGGCUCAGGAGAUGGUGACCGACUUUCCUUCCACAUUUAGCGAAAACAGCUGCAUUAAGAUGGUCGGGUACGACAUGUCUCGGCUAGCGGCUAAAAAGUGCUUUGAGGCUGCGGGUUUGAAGCCGAGCAACGUUGACGUAGUCGAGCUGCACGACUGCUUCUCCGCCAACGAGCUCAUCACUUACGAGGCUUUGGGUUUGUGUGAAGAAGGUAAAGCAGGAGAACUAGUGGAUAGAGGGGACAACACAUAUGGAGGGAAGUUUGUGAUCAACCCCAGCGGAGGUCUCAUCUCUAAAGGACACCCUCUAGGAGCCACAGGUCUGGCUCAGUGUGCAGAGCUUUGCUGGCAACUGCGUGGACAGGCUGGCAGGAGACAGGUCCCCGGAGCCAAAGUGGCUCUGCAGCACAACAUUGGCCUUGGGGGAGCUGUGGUCGUCACUAUUUACAAGAUGGGCUUCCCGCAGGAGUCCAGGUUUGUCAUUGGCUCUGCAGCCAGCAGCUCCAGCAGCAGCGGCCUGGAAGCGUUCAAAGCUUACCCUGUCUUCAAGGAGAUUGAGAACCAUCUAAAGAAGGAGGGAGAGAACCUCGUCAAGAAGGUCGGCGGCGUGUUUGCCUUCAACGUAAAGGACGGCCCUAAUGGGAAACAGGCGACUUGGGUUGUGGACGUGAAAAAUGGCAAAGGUUCUGUCACAAAUGACCCAGGUAAAAAGGCAGACUGCACAUUGUCCAUUGGCGACGAGGAUCUGCUGGCUCUAAUGACGGGGAAGCUGAACCCACAAACGGCGUUCUUCAAGGGGCAGCUGAAGAUCACCGGAAACAUGGGCAUGGCCAUGAAGCUGCAGAACCUCCAGGUGGCGUCGGUCAAAGCCAGGCUGUGAGGCCUUGUAGGAGCUUUUUGUGAAGCUCUAGUAUACUUAGGUUGAGUUAAUUUGAGACUAAAUCAAAUGUUUUGAUUAUGAGCCCAGCUUGAUCUGAAGAGAUGGUCCAUCAAGCUGCUUCCAUAGACUUUGUUCUUUUCCUUUCUAUUAAUCAGAGCUGUUGUUUCUGCAGUCAGUCCUAUAAAAACAGCAAAUGAUCAGAGUUUGGAUUAAACUGAACAGUGUGUCUCAACUUAUCAUGUACUAAGAAAAACUGUAAAAUGAAGCAUUUCAAAGCAGUUUCUCGUGAUUAAUACGUAUGAAUUUAUAAGCUCUAAUGUUUGUAAAA